AUGAAUCCAGCCGAUUGCGCCUCGCGUGGGCUCCCUCCUUCCGAGCUUCGGAAGUGCACACUUUAUUGGAAAGGUCCCAGAUUUCUGAAGUCUCCGGUUGAAACUUGGACCCAGGAUUUCUCGUGCCUAGGUCUGGAACAAUUGCCAGAAACGAAACCAGUGUGUUUGCUGACGCGUGAAGAUCCACCGUGUGAAUGGGCCAUUCGAUUUUCGUCUUUUAACCAGAUGAUCCGUGUGACAGCUCAGGUCCUUCGGUUCAUCCAGAUGUGUCGAAAGAGAAGUGUUGAGUUAGGCUACCUAAGGCAGUCGGAAUUAGAUGCAGCUGUGCAAGUCGUAGUUAAGGUCGCUCAGCGUUGCUACUUAAGCGAUUUGGUCGGCAGUCUGUCUAAAGGGACUACGAUUCCGUCCAAGUCUUUGGCUCGCCUCUGUCCGUUCUUAGAUUCAGCUAAUUUGGUUCGCGUGGGUGGUCGUAUGCAGAAUUCUAAUUGGUCCGAGCGGCGCAAGCACCCUAUGUUGAUCCCGAAAGAAUCCCACUUGGCCGUUCUGAUCGUUCGUCAUUGGCACCUCUAUGCAUGUCAUGCUCGACCUCGUUUGCUUAUCGCUCUUGUUCAGCAACAAUUUUGGGUCAUUGGGAUCCGUCUUAUAGUGCAUCGGGUGAUUCGAAAAUGUUUAAUUUGUGCAAAGAUGUCGGCUGCUAAUCCUCAACCCAUCAUGGCAGAUCUGCCAAGCUUCAGGGUUCGCGAAGCACAUCCCUUUUCUGUGGUAGGGAUUGACUACGCAGGUCCUUUACAAAUGAAAGAGCUCAGCUUGCGAAAGGCGCGCAUUGUAAAGGUCUAUAUCGCAGUUUUCGUCUGUAUGACUACCAAAGCUGUGCAUUUAGAGUCCGUAACUGCUUUGUCUACAGAGGCGUUUCGAUUAACGCUUGAUCGGUUCGUUGCUCGUCGUGGUUUACCGGCUUCCAUCUAUUCGGAUUGUGGCACCAAUUUUGUUGGUGCAGCUCGUCAGCUCAGGCACUUAGUCAACCACCCUGAUAGUAGAGAUCAGUUGGCUGGUUAUAUCGCGUGCGAAUGGCACUUUAAUCCUCCGGGUGCUCCCCAUUUUGGAGGAAUCUGGGAAGCGGCCGUCAAAUCCGCCAAAUCUCUGCUUUUACGCGCCAUGUCUUCACAAGUUUGGACGUUGGAGGAGCUUACAACAGUCUUGUGUCGGGUGGAAGCAGCCAUGAAUUCGCGUCCGUUAGUACCCGCUUCGCCUGAUCCGAAUGAUCUAGAAUGUUUAACACCGGGUCAUUUUUUGGUCGGUCGCCCUCUUAUGUCUAUGCCCGAACCGGUUGAGACUGACACUGAUAUAAGACUACAGACUCGCUGGAAGCUCCUCCAGCAGUCUUGUCAGUUUUUCUGGCGUCGUUGGUCCCGCGAAUAUUUGAAUACCCUCCGGGCUCGUGGUAGGUGGACAAAAUCUGAGACCAAUGUCGAAGUUGGCACCAUGGUUAUUAUCAAGGUAAAUGAUACCCCCCCGCUCACGUGGCCGUUAGGUAGAAUCAUUGAGGUCUAUCCAGGUCCAGAUCAGGUGGUUCGAGUAGCUAAGGUUCUCACUAAACAGGGGGUGAUCACCAGACCUGUAGUCAAGUUGGUUCCCUUACCUACCGACCCAUAG